AUGUUAUUCAAAUCAAUUAUCUCAUUAACAAACAAAACCUCAUCAAACAAAAUCUCAAUAAACGGAAAUGAAACAUCUACUUUAACAUCAAAGAAUCAAACAUGUGAUAAAAACUAUUUCAAAGGUUUCUUUACACGUCCAUCUUAUGAAAUUUAA